UGUGCGCCAUCCAAUUGAGAGAACAUAAUCCCCAUCCACAUUGGUCACCCUCAAACGAACACAAUCGCACAAUGAAGAUCCUCACCAAGGAAGAAGAAGAUGCUCACUACCGCUCCGUCCUCAAAGGCGGUACCAUCGGCGGCGUGCUCGGCCUGAUCGGCGGCGUGGCGGGCGUGCUGGCGUUCAGCAAGCGCAGCGCGACGAUCCGGAACCUGACGCUGCCGAUGAAGUCGUUCCUGGUGACGUCGUCGGGGACGUUCGUGGGCAUCAUCGCGGCGGACCACGCGUCGCGCGACUUCGAGGCGUCGCGGAACGCGAGCCAGGUGUGGUACAAGGACCGCAACGAGCGGCUGCGGCAGGAGGAGCUGGCCUCGCUCUCCACCGUGGACCGGAUCACCGCCUGGGCCAAGCGCGAGAAGUACAAGAUCGUCGGCGCCACCUGGGUCGCGUCCAUGGUCGGCAGCUUCGCCAUGGUCAACCGCAACAAGUUCCUGAGCAGCAGCCAGAAGAUCGUGCAGGCGCGUGUGUACGCCCAGGGCCUGACGCUGGCGGUGCUCGUCGCCAGUGCGGCGUUUGAGAUCCAGGACCAGCGGCGCGGGAAGGGGUUGUUGGAUAAGGCGAAGGCCGAGAAGGAGCAGGCGGCGAAGCAGGAGAGUAAGAGUGGGAGUGAGCCCGCGGGUGAUCGUGAGGAGACGGGCGAUCUGUGGAAGGAUAUGGUUGCGGCGGAGGAGGAGCGGUUGAAGCGCAAGAAGCAGAGUCUCUACGAGCAUGAUUAUUUGGAGGGACAUGCCAAGGCGGAGGAGAAGAAGGGUCGGCCUGAAAAGAAGGAGCAGACCAAGGAGGAGGAGGGGGAGAAGAAGGAGUAGAUGCUUUUUUGGUUGCUUGAUAGACUUGGAGUGGUCUGCGGGUUUGGACCACUCUGCUUUCUUUUUUUCUUUUUCUUUUUACUUUUGCCUUCUUCGUCGAAAAGAUUUGGGUGCGAGGUAUCACGCUUUCUUAAUGCAUGCUCAUGAGUGUCUAUAUCAUCAAUGUACAACAUCUCUCUGGACUUGUGAAUAUACGGGCUUUUGUAUCCAGAUGUAGGAUGGGCGGGUCGAGAGGUCUUUGUUCAGGGUUUAGGACUUCUCUAUCCACGAGUAUAACUACCGAGUUACCAAAUAUGGACCUUGACGAAUGACUCUAUACUUCUGCUCGCACUCUAGAUAUUACAAAGGGACACAAACAUGCAAAAGAUGUAGUUACUCAGGAACCUGGUUAUGAGCCAGGUCAACUCAAUCUCAA